CUUCUGGAUGCCAAAUUGGUCCGGAGCCAUACAAUCCCCUUCCACCCAAUCCGAUACCAAUCCAUACCUUCCCUGCCAUGCACUCAAUCCCGCAAGAAUACAAGAUAUCCAUCCGCGCAAAUCGUCUCCACAACUUUUAUCUUAAUUAUCGAGUCUGAUACGAACGACUUGGGAACGAGAAUCGAGGAGGAGAAUUGAGGAGAAAAGGACUGAGGAAAUCAUAUGGCAGGGGCGGCCGCGCCGCCCGACUUCGAUCUGCCCGAGGAAGUGCUGUCGGCGCUGCCUGCCGACCCCUUCGAGCUGCUAGACGUGGCCCGCAAGAUCACCUCCAUCGCCCUAGCCUCCCGCAUCUCGGGACUUGAGUCCGAGGUCUCCGUCCUCCGCCUCCGGCUCUCCGAGCGCGAUGACCUCGUCGCAGAGCUCCGCGCCAAGCUCGAGACGCUCGAGGCUUCCCUCUCCGAGCUCUCCGAACGGCUCGCCCACGCCCAGGACGAAAAGGAGACGCUCUUGAAUGAUAACGCUUCUCUCUCCAACACUGUAAAGAAGCUCAACCGAGAUGUGUCCAGGUUGGAAAUUUUCAAGAAGACACUCAUGCAAUCACUUCAAGAAGAAGAUGACAGUCCGCAAGGAAUUGUUGCCAGAGUAGCGCCAAAGAUUUCAGAAACAGCUAGUUUCUCUAAUAUUGAUGAUGAGGAUACUGUUUUAACCCCAAAUAGGUCUUCCCUCCAAAACCAAUUAUCUGUAUCUGGAAAUUCUGCUAUAGAGCAUGGUGGUUCUGCUGAAGUAGAUGGAUCUAAAGAGAGCAGACCAGCUAGUUUUUUAUCAUCACUUGGUGGCACACCAAGACUUACUCCUCCAGGUUCACCCCCGAGGCGGCACUCCAUCUCAGUUGCUACCACAAGGAACAUGUUUGAUGAUAGGUCAUCAGUAUUUUCUUCCUUGCCAGCAAGUCACCAAAGCUCAGUGAGCUCUCCUUUUGAUCCUGUGUCUCAAACAGGGCGAACUCGGGUUGAUGGAAAAGAAUUUUUUCGUCAAGUGCGGAAUCGUUUGUCCUACGAGCAGUUCAGUGCAUUCCUGUCCAAUGUCAAAGAAUUGAAUGCUCACAAGCAGUCGAGAGAGGAAACGCUACGAAAGGCUGGGGAGAUUUUUGGCCCAGACAACAAGGAUCUCUAUACCAUAUUCGAGGGCCUGAUCACCCGUAAUCUCCACUGAAAACAAAGCAAUGCCGAGUACUACCUAUUUCUUUGGAAUGUACAUGGAAGUUAGGCCUUAGUUUGGCUGAAGACGGAUGUCCAGCUUAAGUAUCUUGGCGACUUCUUUCAUAUCUCUAUCCAGGAAACAAAGUUUGUACCACGCAAUCACCUUGUUCUUAUUAUUGUUUCUCGCAUCCAAGCAAUAAAAGCAAUAAUGGACGUUCGCUACAACCAAUAAUGCCCUCAAUUCGUCUACUUGUUUUCUGAAGUAUGACUUGAAGUUUGCCUAAUGUAAAGGUAAUCAUAGUGUGAUAUAAUUCAAAUAAUUAAAGUUUAAACUC